AUGGCCUUCCACUCCCCAAUGUCGCCCUCCUCCUCCUCCGCCCUCUCCGCCCACCACCACCCGCUCGGCCAGCUCCACCUCCACCCCCGCCUCAACCCCUCCCGCCUCCCCCUCCUCCGCUCCCUCCCGCCCCGCCUCCGCCUCCGCAUUCCCCGCCCCCAACUCCCUCCCCUCCCCCUCGCCCUUCCCUCCUCCAACGACGGAAACAACAACAACGGCAACAACAACGACGGCGACGGCAACGAUGACGGCGAAGCAGAGGACUCCUCCGACGGGAACCGCGGGGAGGCCCUGUUCGUGCUCGCGCAGGUCGGCCGCAAGCUCGAGACCCUGCCCGCCGACCUCGCCGCUGCAAUCGACGGCGGCCGCGUCACGGCCGAGAUCGUGCGCCGCUUCGCCGACAUGGACGCCUCGCCGCUGCUCCGCUGGCUCCUCCAGUUCCGGGGGUUCAGGGAGCGCCUCCUCGCCGACGACCUCUUCCUCGCCAAGCUCGCCAUGGAGUGCGGCGUCGGCGUCAUCGCAAAGACUGCGGCGGAGCUUCAGAAGAGAGGGGACAAUUUUGUCAACGAGCUCGACAUCGUCAUCUCUGACGUGGUUAUGGCAAUCGUCGCAGAUUUCAUGCUUGUCUAUCUUCCUGCACCAACUGUCUCUCUGCAACCACCACUUUUGAAAAAUGCUGGACUUAUUGCCAGUUUUUUCCACAACUGCCCAGACAAUGCUUUCCAGAUUGCUUUGGCUGGAAGAUCAUUCUCACUUCUGCAGAGGCUAGGAGCUAUUGUGAGAAAUGGUGCGAAGCUUUUUGUAGUCGGAACUAGUGCUUCUCUGAUUGGUACUGGUGUCACUAGUGCGCUGAUCAAAGCAAGGAAGGCUGUUGACAAAGAACUUGAUGACGAAGUUGAGGAUAUUCCAGUUUUAUCAACUAGUGCUGCCUAUGGUGUAUACAUGGCGGUUUCUAGUAACCUCAGGUACCAGAUUUUGUCUGGUGUGAUCGAGCAGAGGAUGCUGGAGCCUGUACUACAUAAUCACAAGCUGUUGUUGAGUGCAUUGUGCUUUGCCGUUCGGACAGGAAACACAUUCUUGGGCUCCUUACUAUGGGUGGACUAUGCCAGGAUGGUUGGCGUUCAGAAGGUCCAAGAAGAGAUCUAAAGUUGCUGCAACUUAUCACUGAGUUACAUCGGUUGUCACUACGAUGCCUUGGCUGCUCCGGAA